AUGUCGAAUACUGAUCAUGCUAGUAACAUUCCAUCAACUACAACAACAGCAUCCACGGAAAAUCAAUUAGACGAUCUCGUAUCUCAACUUCGACAGACAAUUAAUAAAAGUGAUUGGCUUGUACAUAAUACUUCUAAUAAAUGGGAACAAGAAAAUCCUGAAUUAGCUAAACAAUGGCGUGAAGCUAUAAAAACUGAUCAAACAACUGAUUCUGCAGAAGAAAAGAAAUCAUAA